AUGGGUUCACUACCGGGAAAACCAGAACCAAACCCAAAGGAGUUUGUAAACGCCAUCAUGUUGAGAAGUGGUAAGCAGCUACUAACUAAUGAGCUCAAUAGGGACAUUGAGCCUAAAGGAGGGGAGGUAGUGGUUGAGAUUGAUGAUGAAGAUGAGCUGAUAUUGAAAGAUUUGGGUAAAGAUAAAGAAGCUGAAGGAGUUGUGGUUGACAAAGGGAAGAGUAAAGUGGUUGAGGAGCCUAAGCAAGACAAAACCAUUGAUGAAAUUACCAAGAAAAGUAAAGGUGUUGCCAAAGAAACUCUUUUUGUGCCUCCACCUUAUGAACCAAGGCUGCCAUUUCCUGGAAGGUUCAAAAAGCAACAAGUGGACAAGUAUAGAGCCAUGUUUGAUGCACAAAUGAAGGAUGUUGCUAUCACAACGCCUAUCAUUGAUGCAUUCUUGUUGAACCCCUCUUACAGCAAGUUCCUCAAGGAUGCAGUUUUGGAGAAGAAGAAAGCUCUCCAAGGAAUGGUUAUCUUGACUCAUGAGUGUAGUGCUAUCAUUCAAAACAAAGUGGUGGCAAAGAAGCUUGAAGAUCCUGGUAGCUUCACUCUCCCUUGCACUCUAGGACCUUUAUCUUUUGGCCAUUGCUUAUGUGAUUUGGGGUCUAGUGUGAGUUUGAUGCCUCUCUCGGUUGCUAAGAGACUGGGUUUCACACACUACAAGAAGUGUAUGAUCACCCUAGUUCUUGCUGAUAGAUCAAUUAGGACCCCUGUUGGAGUGCUUGAAGAUCUCCCGGUGAUGAUUGGUCAUUUUGAGAUUCCAACCGACUUUGUUGUUCUUGAAAUGGAUGAGGAACCAAAGGAUCCACUCAUCUUGGGGAGACCAUUUCUAAGAACUGCUGGAACCAUGAUUGAUGUGAAAGGUGGGAAGAUUCAAUUGAAUUUGGGAAAGGAAGCUUUGACUUUUGACAUCAACCAAGUGAUGAGGAAGCCUACAAUUGGUGGUCAAGUGUUCUACAUUGAGAAGAUGGAAGCUUUGGCUGAUGAGCUUUUGGAGGAAUUGGCUAUAGAAGAUGAGCUCCAAAGCACUUUGACAGUUAAGCAAGGAGAGUUUGGGUUACUUAAGGAGGAUAGUGAGGGAUAUCAAAAGAUUCUUGACUCUCACAAGCCUUCUAAAGAUGGUGAAAGCUUCCUUGAGUUGAAAAAGCAAGUGGUGUGUUCAGUUGAGGUAAAUUCGAAUGAGGAUUGGAGUGAGCUUAAGGCACCCAAGAUUGAACUCAAACCACUCCCUAAGGGGCUAAGGUAUGCUUUCCUAGGUAAAAACUCUACUUACCCUGUCAUUAUCAAUGAGGAGCUUAGUGAACAUGAAACUGUUACUCUUCUUGGUGAAUUGAAAAAGUUUAGGAGAGCUAUUGGUUAUUCACUAGAUGACAUAAAAGGGAUUUCUGAAACUCUUUGCAUGCAUAGGAUUCAUUUAGAUGACGAAUCAAUGACUUCCAUUGAACCACAAAGAAGGUUAAACCCUAACUUAAGAGAUGUGGUGAGGAAAGAGAUUCUUAAACUCCUUGAUGCCGGUAUCAUAUAUCCCAUAUCGGAUAGUACAUGGGUUUCUCCUGUACAUGUGGUACCAAAGAAUGAUAAAGAUGAAUUGAUUCCUACAAGAACUAUAACUGGUCAUAGAAUGUGUAUUGAUUAUAGGAGACUCAAUGAUGCAUCUAGGAAAGAUCAUUUCUCUUUACCAUUCAUUGAUCAAAUGCUAGAGAGGCUUGCUAGUCAUACUCAUUAUUGCUUUCUUGAUGGGUAUUCUGGUUUCUUUCAAAUCCCCAUACAUCCAAAUGAUCAAGAAACUACUUUCACAUGUCCUUAUGGCCAUACACCAUAA